UAUUUGAGGUUAUGUUCAACUUGUUGUCAUACUUGAGUGCUCCUGAAACCCUCUAAUUUUUUUCAGUAGCUAUUUAUUUUUAAAUCGUCCUCGUCAUGUCGGCAUCUCGUAAAUGUAAGAAUUGCGGUUCGUCGGAUAUCGAAGUAGAUCCCGCUCGCGGUGACGCCGUUUGUACAAAUUGUGGUUCGGUUCUUGAGGAUAACAUCAUCGUAGCUGAGGUCCAAUUCGAAGAGGGUGCAAAUGGGACCGCAAAUACAAUCGGACAAUUUGUUUCUUCCGAUUCAAAGGGUGGAGCGACAAGUUUCGGAAAUGGUUUGAUAUUAUUUUUAAUAAUACUCCUGUAUGUUAUGUUCAACCUAAUUUUUUUGAUUACAGCUUUUCAUGUGUCUCGGGGCAUGUCAUGCAUUGAAUCCCGUGAAAUCACACUGAAUAAGGCACGAAAUGGUAUUUCCCAAUUAUGUAAUCAAUUGAGGCUAAACGCCCAUUGUAUUGACACUGCCUUUAAUUUCUUUAAAAUGGCUUUGUCAAGGAAUUUAACUAGAAGAAGGAAGAAUGCCCAUGUUUAUGCUGCUUGUGUUUAUUUGACUUGUAGAACUGAAGGAACUGCACAUAUGUUGAUUGAUAUCAGUGAUGUGCUUCAAAUUUGUUGCUAUGAGCUUGGCAGGACGUACUUAAGGUUAUCUCAAGCACUAUGUAUCAAUGUUCCAUCUAUGGAUCCUUGUUUGUACAUUCUACGUUUCGCUGCGAAACUAGAAUUUGGCGCGAAAACUCAAGAGGUCGCAAAUACGGCACUUCGAUUAGUACAAAGAAUGAAGAGGGAUUCGAUACAUUCAGGUCGUAGACCAUCAGGCCUUUGUGGAGCAGCUCUUCUAAUAGCAGCUCGAUUACAUGAGUUUAACCGAUCUCCAGGUGAUAUUAUCCGCAUAGUUAAAGUCCAUGAAUCAACGCUACGUAAAAGGCUCGUCGAAUUUGGUGAUACUCCUAGCAGUAGUUUAACAUUAGAUGAAUUUAUGACGGUGGAUCUCGAAGAAGAACAAGAUCCGCCGUCUUUUAAGGCCGCAAGAAAAAAAGACAAGGAACGAUUACAAAGGCUUAUAGAAGAUGAAGGUGAUCAUAUUACUGAACUUCAAAAGGAUAUUGAACGGCAAUUGGAAUCAGAUAGUAAUCGGAAACGAAAACGGCCUUCAUUAAUGGCAUCAACCGAGGAUUCCGAAAUCACCAAGUACAUAGAAGAGACUACCUUGGGUGCCGUAAACGAAGUAAUUGAAAACAUUGGAGACACAGGAACGACGUCCGAACCAACGGAAUUAGGACCGGACAUAGCAAGUAUGGGAUUAGCAUGUUCUUUGGACGAUGUCGUCGCUAAUCCUACUGUUAAUCAAGCGAUAGAAAUCGAUAUUACUUUCGACGAUAUCGACGAUAAAGAAUUGGAUUCGUACAUUAUGACCGAAGACGAAUACAAAUCAAAAAAUGGAAUUUGGCAUCGAUUGAACGCAGACUAUUUGGACCAGCUUAAAAGAAAAGAAGAAAAAUUGGCUAAAGAACGAGAAGAAGGAAAACCUGAAAAAAGAAAGCGUAAGCGUAAGACAAAUAUAGGUCCGGCGAAUUCUGCUGGUGAAGCUAUAGAAAAAAUGCUCCAAGAAAAAAAGAUUUCCUCUAAAAUUAACUACGAGGUCCUCAGGAGUUUGACGACGACAACAGCGACAACCAAAACAAACGGUUCGGACGACAACAAGGACACCGUAAUAAAGGAAUCCCCAAGUAUUCUUAUUGAUUCAUCUGGAGAUACUCAAGGUGAUAUAACAUCUAAAGGAAGACGUGGUAGAAUAAAAAGACCGGUUACAAUUGGGCUUCCGGUUGUUGAAAAUGAGAAAACGCCCGUGAAAAGCGUUCAAAAACCUGAGAAGGAUGCGUCAAAGAACGAUAUUUCUCAUGAAGAUGAGGAUUACGAAGAUUUCGAAGAGGAUCACGUAGAAGAUACAAAAGUCGACGACAGUGAAAUGGACAUGUACCAAAUGCUGCGUCAACAUCGUGAUGAUGGCGAUGAAACUGAUGCGCUCUUCAGUACAGGAUACGAAGAAGAAGAUUAUUAAAACAUCUUAAUUCUUGAGUAAAACAACUUACUUCAUAAUGUAAGUUAAAAAGAAUUACUCUACUUUUACAAUUAAGUUAUUUUUUAUUGUAUUUUGCUUAUUAUUACAUUAU